AUGUACGAGAUCAUCUUUCGAGCACUACCGUUUCCUGACCAUACAGACACGCAGGGAGCAGAUUCGUGCUAUUUUGCAGCGCUCGUCGAAUCCAUCAAGGAUGGAAGCAAGGUCGUCAAACCUCAAAUCCAAACUAAUAAGGUUUUGAACAUGGAUCUAACCAGUCUCAUAUUAGAUUGUUGGAACACAAGUCCCGAAAUGAGACCCAGUGUGCGAAGAAUCAAGCUGAACGUAGAGACAUACCUGAAAGUGUGA